GAGGUUAUUCCUUUUGUGUUCUAAUUGCAGAUCAUGAAGAGUGAGGUGCUGAGAGUAACCCAUGAGUUGCAGGCCAUGAAAGACAAGAUCAAAGAGAACAGUGAGAAGAUCAAAGUGAACAAAACCCUGCCUUACCUUGUUUCUAAUGUCAUUGAGCUACUGGAUGUUGAUCCCAAUGACCAGGAGGAAGAUGGAGCAAAUAUUGAUCUGGAUUCUCAGAGAAAGGGCAAGUGUGCUGUGAUCAAAACUUCCACCCGCCAGACAUACUUCCUGCCUGUGAUCGGGCUGGUUGAUGCUGAGAAGCUGAAGCCUGGAGACCUAGUGGGUGUUAACAAAGACUCCUAUCUGAUCCUGGAGACCUUACCAACUGAAUACGACUCUCGGGUGAAAGCAAUGGAAGUAGAUGAGAGACCUACAGAGCAAUACAGUGACAUUGGGGGGCUGGAUAAACAGAUCCAAGAGCUGGUGGAGGCCAUUGUUUUACCAAUGAAUCACAAAGAGAAGUUUGAAAAUCUGGGUAUCCAGCCGCCCAAAGGAGUGCUCAUGUAUGGGCCCCCAGGAACUGGAAAGACUCUCCUAGCUAGAGCAUGUGCUGCCCAGACAAAGGCCACCUUUCUGAAGCUAGCUGGCCCACAGCUGGUGCAGAUGUUCAUUGGAGAUGGAGCCAAGCUGGUUCGAGAUGCCUUUGCACUGGCCAAAGAGAAGGCUCCUUCCAUCAUCUUCAUUGACGAGCUGGAUGCCAUUGGCACCAAGAGGUUUGACAGUGAGAAGGCUGGCGAUCGGGAGGUACAGAGGACUAUGCUAGAGCUCCUGAACCAGCUUGAUGGUUUCCAACCUAACACACAAGUCAAGGUAAUAGCUGCAACCAACCGUGUGGAUAUCCUGGACCCUGCUUUGCUUCGCUCUGGACGGUUAGAUCGCAAAAUUGAGUUCCCGAUGCCCAAUGAGGAGGCCAGAGCUAGGAUUAUGCAGAUCCAUUCACGCAAGAUGAAUGUCAGCCCUGAUGUGAAUUAUGAGGAGUUGGCUCGUUGCACAGAUGACUUCAAUGGAGCACAGUGCAAGGCUGUGUGUGUGGAAGCAGGGAUGAUUGCUCUCCGGCGUGGAGCCACAGAGCUCACCCACGAGGACUACAUGGAGGGAAUCCUGGAGGUUCAGGCCAAGAAAAAAGCCAAUCUGCAGUACUAUGCCUGAUCACUCAACUGCAGUCAGGGCAGUGAUUGUGGCCUGGCCAGAGACAAGAGGACUGGACUUGUACAAGUUGUUUUACAUGUCAGGAAAAAAUAAAGCUUUUUUCCUCUAAAAUCAUA